GUCCCAUUAUCGGUAACAUUUUACAUAUUCCUUCUUAAAAACAUUGCAGCUAACCUGGCAGAGAAAUGAUUACAGAAUGGAAUGGCAGGUGGAGGGUCUCCGUAUAUCCAAACCGAACUGGAUGUUUAUAACUUUGGAACCACUUCAAUAGUAAUCAACAGCUGCAUUUCAAAAUGUCCAUUGCAGCAACAAAACAUAUUCAGGCACACAAUAUGGAUAUAUUAGUAAUAAGUAAAAUAAAAUAUUGCUUCUUAAUGUUCCUGUUUUCGUCAACAUUGUCUUACUGUCUCUUUGGUUUUUGGACAGUCAACAAUAAAAAUAAAGAACUCAAACUAUGCAGGGAUGCUAGACACUUCUUCAUCGGCAUACAGUAUGCAGGUCGCCUUGGGAACAAAAUGUUCCAAUAUUCGGCAGCUUAUAGCAUUGCAAAAGCAAAUAAUCUCUCGCUACUGAUCACAGAAAAUGAUGAAUUAAGGGAAUAUUUUAGUUUAUCCGCUCUGCGAUCACAAAACAAUGGCAUGCCAUUAUGUUCAAGACAAGUGAAAGAGGAAAUACCAAGCGGAUUUUCAAGCUCCGUGAUGAAUAUUACAAUUAAAAAGAACAUCACGCUUGUUGGCUAUUUUCAAAGUUACAAAUACUGGCAAGAUGCUUCUGAUGAAAUCUAUGAAGAAUUUAGUUUUAAUGAAGAUGUUGAUGAAAUAGCUUCUCAAUUUAUUGCUGGUGUGCAAACUGAUACUCAGAUAAACAUUACAUUGGUAGGAGUCCAUGUGAGACGGGCGGAUAUGUCGACCCCUGGAGCUCAAGCUGAUGGGUAUACAGUCCCAAGAAUGUCAUACUUCGAAAAAGCAAUGGAAUAUUUUAGACAAAACUACACUAAUGUAAAGUUCAUAAUUUGCUCAGAUGACAUUGGUUGGUGCGAAGAAAAUAUGAAUUUUCAAGAUGUUAUAAUUUCUAAAGGGCAUUCCCCUAUUGUUGAUUUAGCUAUUCUAAGUAAAUGUAACCACAAUAUUAUUUCAACUGGAAGUUUUGGCUGGUGGGGAGCAUAUCUAGCAGGGGGACAGACUGUGUAUUAUGGCUAUUGGCCCAAACCUGGGUCUCAACUUUCUAAAACCGUGGUGAAAAAUGACUAUUUUCCCCCACAAUGGAUUCCAAUGUUAUAGUCCGAAUUAGAUUUAGAGAUAUAUAUUUAAAUGUUCAAUCAUAAUUCAUAAAUGAGCAGUUUAUCUCUACAAUCAUUUCUUUUUUCUUCACCCUACCUGGAGAUGUAAAUAAGAGUCAAGUUCUCCACCAAAAACAUUUCACUUGAAAUUACAGUAUACUUUUCAAUUCUAUAUAAAUUAUAAUUGUAUAAAC